AUGACGCUCCGAGCUCUUCUCGCCAUCACAUUGGUUUAUAUCGGUAGCACAAUCGGCUCGGCUCCUCGUACCCUCGACUCAGUUCCUUUGCCCACCACACUAUCAUUACCCUUGACUCAGAAUCAAACCAGUAAAUGCUUUGCUGAAUCACAAGUCUUUCAAGGCCCGACAGUAGACCAAUGGGGACGUGGACUUUACUACGGGCCUGCUGAGCAAGUGAACCGAACCACCCGGAGUUCAGCCCAGAAGGGCUCAGCCGUAUGGGGACAGCCAUCGAUACAGUUAGCUGACGGAACAACGUGUUGUCAAAAUCUAUCCGAGGUACGAGAUUAUAUCAAUUACUUGGAUUCAACUAUCAUAUCUUAUUUGGCCAUUCGACAACAAUUUGUGGUCGAAGCUGGUCGAUUCAAAAACUCUAGAGAGGAUGUUCGGGCUGUUGAACGAGCUGUUGACGUGGUCAAGAGGGCCGAAAAUCUUGCUAGCCAGCACGCAUUAGCACCAUGGAUUGCAAAUGGAGUCUUAGAUGAACCCAAGACAGCUUCAGCCCUUUGGUUCGAUUAUGGCAUGAAGGACAACCAACACAAAGUCUUGGGUCUUCAUUUGACUAAGGCAAAGGACUGUGUUUCUAGCGCAUCACCCCCCUGGUCACCACAUUCUUGGAUGUGUACAGGAGUGAUGUCAAGAGUUAAGAAAAACAAACAUGGGACCUAA